GACACUUUAUGUACAUAGAUUCCUCGGUGCGUCGAGAGGAGGGGCAGACUGCACGCAUCUACUCGCCUGUAUUUUCGGGAAACCUGACCACUGACGGUGCAGCCUGCUUCUCCUUCUACUACCACAUGUACGGACACACAACAGGGAGCAUGAAUGUGUACGUGAAGCCUGAGGGACGGUCACUGGAGCACCAAGCCCCGAUGUUUCAAGUGAACGGCUUCAAUAACAACUAUUGGUUCCACGAGGUCUUCAGUAUUAAUGCAAUGAGCGACAACUUCCAGAUCGUGAUGGAGGUCGUGCAUUCGAGCGGAGCGAUGGCUGACGUGGCCGUCGAUGACGUUCGCCUGGCCCGCGGGGACGAAUGCAUCCAGCUGCGGCAGCAGGUCGAGGCCAGCGACGAUGCUGCGACCACUACGACCGACCACCCCGACCAACAUCACGACCAACAUCACGACCACCACCUCCCAGCCUGCUAUCCUAACGACCACCCCGACCACCACCACGACCGCUUCAACCUCGACAACGACCAGUGCACCUCCAACCGCCGUCAGGACCACCAGCACAUCCACUCCUCCUGCCACCACGACCACGACUGCUCUUUCUACCACCGCCACCUCUACAGCCACACAGACAGAACCGUCUGCAGCUGCCAACGCAACCGCUGGGCCACCUGUUACAACACCCAGCACAACGCCCAUGUCCACCGCCCACACUGAAGCUGCAGUUACGCCCACACGUACCCCGCCCGUCACUGAGGGAACCCCCAACGCCACAGCAACCUCCUCCCCUGCCACAGAAAAUGAUACCACUCAAACAAACGAAGAACCAUUGCCCACGACCACACCCCCUGCGGUCGUUCCUGAGAGCAGCCCUGCCACGAGCGGCACGACCACUGUCCAGACGACUAUAGCAGCUUCUGUGCCACAGUCACAGCCCAGCACCACCCCCGUCGUAGUUACCACGCCCGAGGGGACGGAAAACAAGACGUUGCCAGUCAGUGAAAGUGAAGCCAUAACCUCCCCGUCAGGACCAGAGGCGACGUCCGAAGCGAGAAGCUCAACCGAGGGCGUCAAGGCGACAUCGACGCCUGCUCGGCCGGUAACAAAGCCCACAACGACGACGGCGACGGCGACAGCCUCAACGGAGAAGCCAUCCUGGCCUUCUCCCGCGCCCCCUUCGCCCACGCCGGCGGCAAGUACCUCUCCGCCCCCCACCACCUCCCAGGUGCCCUCCCCCACCACGGCCUCUCUGCCCUCAGUGUCCGCGGGCGCGAAGGACUCCUCGACGUCCACCGCGACCAUUUCCCGGGUGUGGGCGUGUACGUGUGGAGAGUCCGCCGGCAGGAGAAGCUGCCGGAGGACUCGGAGAUCCGGUUCCUGGCGCGGGACGAAGUGCAGAUGGACGGCAACAUCUUCAGCCUGGGGAGCACUCGGCCGCCACGGAGCACGGUGGCCUGAGGGUGGCGAGGGCGGCCGGUCAGCUUGCACCAGGACUUCGACAUCGAUUUCGUGCUGGAAGCUAACUAGCCCCCGCAGGCAGACUUCGUGCGGCCGCGCCUCCGCGGAGGCCUUGUGCGAACCACGGACGAGGGCGACGCACUCAUCUCACGCUCACGGGAUGAAGCAUGAACAAAUUAAUUG